AUGCUCCUCUCCAACCUCACACCCCCCGUGACAGGAGCGGUGCUUCGUCUCUCUGUGGACUUUAACAGUCCUGUCGAUUACCUCAUCUUUAUCUUUCAGAUCUUAUUCGCCACGGCCGCGGUUCUUUUAGCUGGGCCGGUGGUCAUCAGCAUUUUGUGCACCAGAGCGCUGCGGCUGCAGAACAGGUUCAUUUUCAUGCUGAACACCAGCAUCUGUGACACGCUGGUGGGGCUGUCAGUGUACUACCUGGGUCUGUUCGAUGUGCAGGAGGGCUUCCCGUCCAGAAACGGGACUUAUCACGUGUUACCGUCCCUGCUCGGGGUGAACAUUAUGACCUUUUUAUUCGCGCAGUUCGAUCGAUAUUUUGCCGUGUGCCACCCCUUCGCGUACACGCGCUUUGUCACCCGGGGUGUGAUCAUCUCCACAAACGUGUACUGCUGGUUCCACGUCUUCGUGCUGCUGCUCAUUCAAAAUUUCCUGCCUCUCUCCAAAGCUGUGCAGGUGUACGUCUUCAGCAUCGUCACCUUGCAGUUCAUCGUGCUCACCAAGGUGGUCAUGACCAUCAAACUGUACGUGAUAGCCAGGUACCAGCUGGAGAAAGACCCCCCCAGCGCAGAGAGAGAAAACAACAAGGAGUCUCUGAGAAUCAUCAUCUUUGUUGUCAUUAGCUUCUUGGUGUUGUGGUGCCCCUCCUUUGUCAACAUCGUGCUCAGACUGAUAGUGGGGCGAGGGCUCGUGUUUAGGAACGAGGCCACCAAUCUGUUCGCCAUCAUGGCCCGUCUGAACGCCGUGUGCACACCGGCCGUGUACCUGUGGGGGAGCCCGGCUCUGAGGGAGGCCACGGUGCGGACGGUGUGGGGCAGAGUGUGUCCUCGAUGCAGGAGGAGGUAA